CCUCGGCGAAAUUCUGCAAUUUCUGAUCGAAGAUGCAGAAGGUGGAAAAAUGCUCAGGGGGCGAUCAUGAGGUGAUAAUAGGAGUGGUGUCGUUCCAUGGGGAAUCACCCAUAGAAAUACGAAUCGGUGAGGGAUGCGGGGACAUUGCAGCUUCUUCGUGCGCGGGCCAGAGUCCGGAAAGUCUGCUUCACAGCUUCACUGCUUACUACCUCUUUUAUCUGGUGGGAGCAGUGUCCAUCUUCAUCCCAUUCAUCACGGGACAGGGGGCUCUGAAUCUGCUGCCAUGGCUGCUCAGCUUCAGUGGAAUUCUAGCACUGUUGCAGUUUUCUUGCGUGCGCAAGGCUCCUGGUUCCAACGCCAUUCUCCUCAUCGCUACGCUGCAUUUGACCACCGACGUGUGGAUGCUCAGGAGGCCUAGAGUAAGCCCAGCAGCAGUGGCGUACAUGAUCGAAGUUUAGUUCCUGAUCCACGGCUCGUUGAAGCUCUGGAUCUCCUUACAAGUACGGAAGCUGACGACUUGGCCCGCCUUGUUUGCUAGCGGCUGCUCGUCCAUCGUCUUGGCAUGCGUUGUCCACCGCCUCUCACCCAAGUACGGCCUCUCCCUGGUCGACAUUUACGUCCGGGUGGAGCUCUUGUUCACGGGAUGCGCCAGCGCUCUCCUCUUGUACUCCAUCAUAGCUUUCCUCUGGAAUCAGAGACCCUCGCACCACGACGAUACGUAGACCUCACAUCAGACAUCAGACAUGUGUUCUUCGAGCCAGCUCAGUGUUAUUUCAGCAUUUGUUAUACGAAUUUCCAACUCUCGUUGCUCGGACCUGUUCGCUCUUUCGGAAAUGAUGUGCAUUUACUCGAGCAAUGUACGAAUUUCUAGCUCGAGGGCAAUUUAUACGGUGAAUCUUCUUGAGGAUUUAUUGGAUUACUCCUGAGAGAGCUCUGCCAUGUUAUUGAAUCACUGAAUAUGGAGCUCAAUAUCCCCAGAAGAGUAGGGAGCCGACGUGUCUGCUCGGGGUAGUAGCAGGGACUCAACCAGUCUGAGAUUCAUCGAGUAUCUGGACAGAAACUCGCAAUCCUAGGUCAAUUCUUACACUUCACAUGUUUUAGUAGUUUUUCAUUCUCUCCUUGUCUUUCGAGAGUUUCUACUUCAUCUGUACUCAGAUCAUGUACGAAUCUUCGCUCGUUUCCGAAAGUUAAGAUGUAUCCGAGCUGAAAGAAACAUCACAGGACUAUUUU